AUGAAAUCCAAUAAGCCUAUUGCAUCAUCAAAUACUUCACACACUAAUAACCCAACUGCAUUGAAACAUGAACACGCCACAAUUCCAAAAUCUAGAGAUAUUAAGAAAGAACAACCACUUCAACAACAGCCGCCAUCCAAGACCAACCAAAUACGCAAGUCAGAAACAAGAGAAGCUUCAGAUGAUAGUGACAUUCCAUUAGAAAUUUUGGAAGAGAUGGAUAAAGUUCAAGAAACUUUCCAGGAUUUGGAUAAGAAAUAUAGACUUAUUGAUAAAAUUGGUGAAGGGACGUUCUCCACUGUUUAUAAAGCUGAAGAUAUAACCGGGAAAACAAGAUAUCUGAUGGGUGAUUCGAUAUGGAGCUCGCCUGAUAUCAAGAGGCGUAAGACUAAGAAAAAAUCUACAAAAGUUUAUGUUGCAUUGAAACGAAUUUAUGUCACAUCAUCACCCCAAAGAAUUUUCAAUGAAUUGAACUUACUCUAUAUGUUAUCUGGCUCUUCGAGAGUAGCCCCUCUACUGGAAGCUUUAAGGUAUCAAGAUCAAAUUAUAGCUGUCUUACCAUAUUAUGCACAUGCUGAUUUUAGGGAAUUUUUCAGAGAUUUACCUUUGGCAGGUAUCAAAAUCUACAUGUAUGAAUUGUUUGAGGCUUUGAAUUUUGUUCAUGAUAAAAACAUUAUCCAUAGAGAUAUUAAACCAACAAAUUUCUUGUAUGAUCCAUUCAAGAAAAGAGGUGUCUUGGUUGAUUUUGGUUUAGCCGAACAAGAGUUUCCACCAAAUUCUACCGAUAUGAAUGCAGUUGGUUAUUGUCCAUGUGUAUCACAUGAAAGAUUUUCAACAGAGGAAACUCUCAAGGGGUAUCCAAAAGAUGAUCCAAGACCAGGCAGAAGAGCAAAUAGAGCAGGUACUAGAGGUUUUAGAGCGCCUGAAGUUUUGUUCAAAUGUCCAAAUCAAACAAGAAAAAUUGAUAUAUGGUCUGCAGGUGUGAUCCUAUUGACUUUAUUAAGUAGAAGAUUCCCAUUUUUCAACUCACCAGAUGAUAUUGAUGCAUUAGUUGAAUUAACUACAAUCUUUGGUUUGAAGAAAAUGCAAGAAUGCGCCAACCUUCAUGGGCUGGGGCUUGAUUCCACUCUCAACACAUUGAACAAAACGACAACUUUAGAUGAAUUGAUUCAUUGGUGCUUAGCAUUGGAAGAUAAUGGGGACACUUUGCCAAAAGAUUGUGUUGCGUAUGACACUUUGUCUGUAUUCAACACUGAUGGUCAUAUUGUUUUUGGUAAUUCUGAUGAUGACAAGACUAUCUCUUUAAAGAGACAACAUCAAAAUGCUAUAGAAGUUAUGAAUCACUGUUUCGAAUUAGAUCCUUCAAAAAGAAGUUCGGCUGCUCAAAUAUUGAGGCUUCCAUUUUUCAGUAGUAUGAAUGGUGAAGAAGACGAUGAAGUUCUGAUAAUCGAUUAA